GCGGGGGCGCUUGUGGGUAAUUUUCAUGGCGGACAUCUGAGAGCGAUUUGUGAUUUGAAAUUCCCUGACCGUAAAAUCGCAUCUCAUUCCUCUUGAAGAAAUUUUCUAAAUGUAUUUUGUGAUUUAAAGGAAAGUGACAUUUACAGUUUGCAAAUUGGAACGCGUUUUGACUUGAAGACUUAUAAGCGCUGUGAAGCUUUGAGACGGUUACAUUCUCAGAACGUAAUAAAAAUCCGUAAUAGACAGCUGUCUGCACACUGGGUAAAUAAACCGAGGAAAUGGCAGAUAACACAACAGAGCAAGGCAAUGAGGCAAAACACGAGAACAAUUCAGCUUCUUCUGGGAUCACAGAUCGGGAAAAAGAACUCGCCGCCAGUGCUUUUCAAGCAUUUUCGUCUGGAAGUUAUGAUGAAUGCGUGAAACACCUUGAGCACCUUCAAGAAUGGAACAAGGAUGACUACAAAAUUGCCAUGAACAAGGCCAUUGCUGAAUUUUACAAAAGUGGCCAAACUACUACUGACACUUUAAAGCAGGCACUUGCCACAAUGAAAAAUCAGGUUCAUGCUGCAGUAGAAGAAAUGGACGGUUUGGAUGAUGUGGAAAACAGCAUUCUUUACUACAAUCAAGCCAUUGUCCUAUACCACAUGCGUCAGUACUCGGAAGCUAUUGCAGUAGGAGAGAAACUUUAUCAGUUUUUGGAACCGUUUGAAGAGAAGUUUGCUCAGGCAGUGUGCUUCCUGCUCGUGGACCUAUACCUGCUGACAUUCCAGCCCGAGAAAGCCUUGCACCUUCUUGCAGUACUGGAGAAACUUGCUGUUCAAGGAAACAACAAAAAUGGCAAAACUGAGGCUGCCAACAAUGCAAACAAAGAAGGAGCAAACCACAAGGCAGAAUAUAUCGCAAUGAUUGAGGCAGCCAAGUCAAAAAUUCACCAGUAUAAAGUAAGAGCUUAUAUUCAAAUGAAGUCUUUGAAGGCCUGUAAAAGGGAGAUCAAGUCAGUUAUGAACACAGCUGGAAAUUCUGCCCCCUCCCUCUUUCUGAAGAGCAAUUUUGAAUAUUUGAGGGGUAACUACAGGAAAGCAGUAAAGCUCUUAAAUAGCUCCAACAUUGCAGAACACCCUGGGGUCAUGAAAACUGGGGAAUGUGUUCGGUGCAUGUUUUGGAACAAUCUCGGCUGCAUACAUUUUGCGAUGGGAAAGCACAAUUUGGGCAUUUUCUACUUCAAGAAGGCCCUGCAGGAAAAUGACCACACGUGUGCGCAGUUAUCUGCCAGCAGCAAUGGGCAGGGUAAGAAGUUCUCCGGCAUACCCAUGUGCACUCUCCUGGCCAACAAACAGUAUGAGCUGCUGUAUAACUGCGGGAUCCAGCUUCUGCACAUCGGCAGGCCCUUGGCGGCCUUCGAGUGCCUGAUUGAGGCCGUUCAGGUGUAUCAUUCGAACUCCCGGCUGUGGCUCCGACUGGCCGAGUGCUGUAUCGCAGCCAACAAGGGGAAUUCAGAACAGGAGACCAAGGGCCUUCCCAGCAAAAAGGGCAUUGUACAGUCGAUUGUGGGGCAAGGGUAUCAUCGCAAGAUUGUCCUGGCGUCACAGUCUACACAGAACACCGUUUACAAUGAUGGUCAGUCUGCUGCGAUUCCCGUGGCCAGCAUGGAGUUCGCAGCGAUCUGCCUGAGGAACGCGUUGCUGCUGCUGCCUGAGCACCAACAGGAAGCCAAGUCUGAUAACAGCUCCAAGAGUUCCAGCCAGUCGGGCAGUGUGGAGAGCAGCAGUGAGAGCAGCGAAGCCUGCAGCAGUAAAGGCCAGGAGGGAGAUAAGUUCAUUCCAGCUGCUCCAUCCUCCCCACUCAGAAAGCAAGAGCUUGAAAACCUGAGGUGCUGCAUCCUGGCCUGCAGUGCCUACGUCGCUCUGGCUCUGGGCGACAACCUGAUGGCGCUGAAUCACGCAGAGAAACUGCUGCAGCAGACGAAGCUGUCGGGAUCCUUGAAGUUUCUGGGACACCUAUAUGCAGCAGAAGCACUCAUCUCCUUGGACAGGAUCUCCGAUGCCAUCACUCACUUGAACCCCGAGAACGUCACCGACGUAUCCCUGGGGAUCUCUCCAAACGAGCAGGAUCAAGGGUCUGACAAAGGGGAAAAUGAGCCAGUGGAGUCCUCAGGAAAGCAGACCCCGCUCUGCUACCCCAGCUCCGUGUCCUCCGCCAGAGCCAUGGUGCUCUUCAAUCUGGGCAGCGCCUAUUGCUUGAGGAGCGAGUACGAGAAAGCCCGCAAGUGCCUCCACCAGGCGGCCUCACUGGUGCACACGAAGGAGAUUCCUCCAGAGGCCAUUUUACUCGCUGUGUACUUGGAGCUACAGAAUGGAAACACACAGCUGGCACUGCAGAUAAUAAAAAGGAAUCAGCUACUUCCCUCUGUCAAGACCCCGGCUCCCGAUGUGCGGAAGAAACCCGGAGUCUUUCCGCAAAUCCAGCCCCUUCAGAUGCCAGCCUUCACAACCGUGCAGCGCAAAUGAGAGCCUUCGGCCCUGCGGACUUGUGCUCCUAAGGAACAAGACUAGUACUUGUGUUUUUUAAUUGCCCAUUUAAAUGGAUUAUUUAUAUGCUAAUCCCUCCCCCUCGUAAAAAAAAAAUGAAGUGGAAUAUUUAGAUUUCCCACUCUGAUGGAAUUAUUAUGAAUUGGAUUAUAUGGUGAAUAGAUGUUUCUUCCCUGUGCAAAGAAAAAGGCAUUGGAGUACUUUCACACAGGCCUAGAUGGUGUUGAAAAUGAUUUUUCUUUUUAGAUAAACUUCUGAACAUUUGACAUCUGUUGAAAGAAGCUGUAACAAAAAAAUUAAAAACAUUUUACGUA